CAUACUGGAAUACUUUUAACCUAUCCUGUUCUUUUUCUCUCACAUGAGGAAAUGUGUAGUUUUAGUUCCUGUUUGAGACGUUCAUCUCUCUUCGUGUCUCAGCUCUGCUGACCGGCUCAUAAAGACUCCACAGAUUCAGUUCUCUCAGUCUGCAGAAGAAUCUACAACCAACAAGACUUCAGUCAGGAAAAAGACAGCUGUUGUCUCUCUGGAAAGAUGGUGCGAAAGGAAGACCUCUUGAAAACUCUGGUGGAUUUGAGAGAUGAAGAAUUCGAGGACUUCAAGUGUCUCCUAAAGGAAGAAAGACUGGAAGGCUACCAAACCAUCAAAGCAUCCCAGCUGCAGAAUGCAGAGAGACGAGACACCGUGGAUCUGAUGGUGCAGACCUACCAACUUCCUGGAGCUGUGGAGGCGACCAAGAAGCUUUUAGAGAAGAUCAACAGGAAUGAUCUGCUGCAGAGUUUAUCAGACAGCAGCUCAGGACCAGAAGUGAAUUUCAGUGAUGAUCUGGGCACUUCAGAGAACGGAGGACCUUCCUCCUGUCUGACUCCUCCUCCUCCUCUUCUUCCUCCUCUUUCUCUACUUGAAGUUCAUGAAGAGCAACAAGCUGCCAAACCAAGAGUCUGUGCUGGAACCAAACUGAAGACCUGUCUGGUGUUUCUGGGGAUUCUGGUGUUUCUGGUGUGUUGUGUCUUCAUCCCCUACGGGACUGUGAUCAGCCUCCACCAUCCAUCAUCAUAUAAUGAGACAACAACUGUGGGGACAACUGAGGGGACAACUGAAGGGACAACUGAGGGGACAACUGUGGCUCAGCUGGAGGAGACGCUCAGCACAAAGAUGAAGAACCAGUUUGAGGAUGAGCUGAAGAGGGUCCAGCAGUAUGCAGUGGAUGUGACUCUUGAUCCUGAUACAGCACAUCCUAAACUCAUCCUGUCUGCUGAUGGGAAACAAGUACAUCAUGGUGAUGUGAAGAAGAAUCUCCCAGACAACCCAGAGAGAUUUACACUUUAUGCUGAUGUGUUUGGAAAGCAGAGUUUCUCUUCAGGCAGAUUUUACUUUGAGGUUCAAGUUAAAGAGAAGACUGAUUGGGAUUUAGGAGUGGCCAGAGAGUCGAUUGACAGGAAGGGAGAAAUCCCACUGAGCCCUCAGUAUGGUUUCUGGACUAUAUGGUUGAGAAAUGGAAAUGAGUACAAAGCUCUUGAUAACCCUUCAGUCGAUCUCUAUCUGAAGUCUCCUCUUCAGAAGGUGGGGGUGUUUGUGGAUUAUGAGGAGGGUCUGGUCUCCUUUUAUGACGUAGAUGCUGCAGCUCUUAUCUACUCCUUUACUGGCUGCUCCUUCACUGAGAAACUCUACCCAUUCUUAAGUCCUAGUUUUAAUUAUGGUGGUAAAAACUCCGUCCCUCUGAUCAUCUGUCCUGUCAAUCAAACUGCCUGA